UUUAUUUGUAACAGCGGUCCUAUGCGCGUACCCGUCAGCUGGGGAGAAGAGAGGACAGAAGGCGGCAGGAAGACAAAUAAAGCCCCAAAAUACACGAUUGCGAAAGUCCUAACACAAAACACCGCAGAAAUGUCAGAGGAAAAGCCAAAGGAAGGAGUAAAGACUGAGAACGAUCACAUCAACCUUAAGGUUGCAGGGCAAGAUGGGUCAGUGGUCCAGUUCAAAAUCAAAAGACACACGCCGCUCAGCAAACUAAUGAAGGCAUAUUGUGAACGGCAGGGUCUCUCAAUAAGGCAGAUCAGGUUCAGGUUUGAUGGCCAGCCCAUUAAUGAGACGGAUACACCUGCACAGCUGGAGAUGGAAGAUGAAGACACCAUAGAUGUUUUCCAGCAGCAGACAGGCGGGCGCUGCUAAGCCCUACCCAUCUCAUUGACGGCCACCUUCAGGCUACGCCCUCAACCAUGCUCACUGUCUCUCCCUCCCCAUCACUCCUCUCAGUUUAUAAUUAUUAUUAUUAUUAUUAUUAUUUUUUCAGUUUGAAGAUGUCCAUCAUGUUUUUUUUUUUUUUUUUUUUUUUUUUUUUUUUUGCCAGGUGUGUAGGAGGGGCUCCUCAGCUGUUAAUGUGGGAUCUAAAGCUGUAUUUAUACUUGUGCAUCGUCUGCUUAAGGUCGGUUACGUUGUCGCCGUCAUAGGCGCUGCAUAGGUCCGCGGAGGCUUGACACACACCUGGUCUAACUUUCUUUGUUUGCUUCCACAAGCUCAUGAAAACACUGCACCAUGUUGGACACCAUUGUCUUACUCGUAAAGUAAACAGGAAAUACCCGUUGACUUUACGCGUACCCCCUACGCUCGAGUGUGAGAGCACACUUCACCAGCGUCAGCUUUGUCGUAACAGACCUUGCGCAGACGCCACAUGAGUAUAAAUCCAGCUUAAGGACUGAACUUUUGCGUGUUGACGGUCUUUCUGCUGGCCAUUCAGGGCAAUCUUUUCCUUUUUGCCCUGCAGGCUGUAAUUGGACCAACAGUUCAUCACCGCUCCUCAUGGUUUAGCGCUGCUUCUGAUUCACUGUCCAGUGAAAGCCUAGGAUUCAGUAGUUUGUCAUGUUUUCAUCUAUUAGGGUAUGAAGCUCUGCAAGUUUGUGUCCAGGAGUCACAAUCCAUGUGCAUGAAAAUAUUUUGAAGUGGAAGCACUGUCUGAACUAAACACGUAUUUGCCAUUUCACUUUGCUUUCUUGAUUUUUUUUUUAUUUUUAUUUUCUUUUUGUCUAAAUGAAGUUUGUCAUGUAUUUUAAUUCUCUGCAUUUUAGAUGCUUUUGCAUUGUUUUUUGUACUUUGCCUCCUGUUUUAAGAACUUAAUGCCCACAGAACUUGUGAAUUUAUUUUCUUUCUUGUACAGAAGUAUCAGAAUGUGUGUUGGAUUAAAAAUUGUUGGGCUUGGACCAAUAAUCCAAAGACAGAACGUCAGCUUCUUUGAUGUACAUCUCUCUAAGAGCUAACUGCAAGUUUAAAACUGUCUCAUUUUAAGGUGAAUUGCACCAGUGUUGUUCCUUUCCUCUUCCACAGCUAAUAAUUCAGAAAGAUUGUGGUCGGCUGUGAGGCAGAUGGCUCCUUGUUCAGACAGAUAUGCUUGUUUAGGAGAUAAAAUUAGAACAUUGAGGUACAUUCUUAGUUGGACUGGGUUGACGUUUUCUGUGUAAGGAUAGUCCAUUGAGGCAUAGUAAGUAACAUCCCCACUCUGUAAUGAUGACUUAGGCAGUGAGUUGUCCUUAAAGUUGUUUCUCAGUGCUGUUUUGGGGUCCGCUGAUCUUUCUGUUCGGAUGGACUGCUGUUUAAACUGGCGCUAGAUGGGCUCUGAAGGUGAGCAGCUACGAGUUUGAGCAAGUAUAACCAACAAAACCGGAAUGUUGAUGUAAGCACGCAUUAGACACUUCUCACUCGUAUUUCCACUGAUAAAAUAUUGUUUUCUCGUGUUUUAUUUAAAACGUGCUGCAGUGUUAAAGUGGAGAUAUCUCGGUAGUUAUGAGUGUCUUUGCUAAUUUACAAUUUGGAGAAAGGUGUGUGUAUUUUGUUGCAUAUCAGGAGAACAGGGAGGUCAGCCAAUAAAAAUUGGGAGAUGCGUGUUCUUUAUAUGUAGGUCAAAGUUGGCUUUAUUUUACCUUUUUAGGACAUGACACAAACUUUUUAUUUUCAGUUCAGUCAGGGUGAACUUGCUGCUGAAGCAGCUAAUUCUUGAGCUGAAAACUUGCAAAAUACAAGCAAAAUUAGGGGAGUUAUAUCCUGAUGGUUGUUAAAUUUGUUAAAUCAUGUGAAAGCGGCUGCACCUGUCUUUUUAGACACCAGCUAAUCAGUUGAGUGCUGUUAACGGGUUAAGAAUUCAGUAAAUCCACACUUACCAAAUAGUACAACAGAAGUUGUACAGCUGGAAACAUGUUCCUCAGUCUUUUUAGACAGAUGCAGUCCUUUUCCCACUUAUAUAUGAACCUGUCUUCAUUCAUGUUUUUCAGCUGUAUUUUUGUAUGCAUUCUAUAUAAUAGUCGAGUUAAUGCCAGUAUCCAGACAUUUUUUGUAAUGAAUAUAUAUACCUGCCUUCUGCCAUUACAACCGCUCAUUUUGUGGUUCACUUUGACCAAUGGGACACUUUAUCGGACGCCCCGACUCUCAUCCUUCUUCAGUCAUUAACAAACAUCUGUCAUACUUGUGUGGUACAGAGAUGUUAAAUCUAUGCGCCACAGGCCUCUGCACGAACAAAUCACAGGUAAUGGUUGUGAUUUCAGCUUUCCUUACAUAAAAUAAGAGCACAGUUAUCAAUGCCAACAGCCUUCCACCUACAUUGUAAGAACUGAAUUAGCUGGACAGCGGUGUUUUUGGCAUUCAGCUUAACUUCACUAUAAUGUAUGAAGAACGGGUUCCAGGUCUCGUCAUGUUAUUUGUUUCUCUACUGAUUUGUACAUUAUUUGUGGUCUUUUACUACUGUAUACAAUAAAUAUAGUUUGGUACUCAGA